AUGUAGCCUAAAACCUAGGAUGGCCUUGACCUCUUUCAAGAGCUUCUGCCAUUCCUUUGUAAGCAGCUACUUCCCAGCUUCUAUACCCCACUGCAGUUUGGGUCUUCCUUUUGGCCAUCUUCUUCUAGGCUUAGAUCGGUGUUUCUCAACCUUUUUUCAGUCAAGGCACCCUUUAAAAUUAUGAACAGUCCCGAAGCACCCCACUCUAAAAUGUGAAAAAACUAUUCUAAUAGUUUAUAUAACGCAGCAACAUCCACACACGUAGGACACCCAACAUUAGAGGUGAUUUAUUCUUCCAAAGCAAAUACACUU